CUUCCGGUUACCAGCCCAGCAGUCGGAGAGUAAAUUGCACAGUGGAUUUCCCCACACAAUAACCAGUCCUGGUUGUCAUUGCGAGCAGAGCCGACGCUUCUCAUUGAGAAAUCUUUGUAGCCAGCUUUCCAAAUGAGUGACGGGGAGUGUGACUGCUUCUGCUUCUUCCGUUGCUGCUGAGCGCACUCUCUACGCGCCUCGGGCAGACGGGAAGGUAGUGUGUCUCUAAACAGUGAGGCAAGCAGCUUGAACAGCACACAAGGAGAAGAACCGAAGUUGAGCUUUAAACAAGUCAUUUAAUCCACUCGAACCACCGACAGGUAGGCGAGCUGUCUACCUGUCCGGGUGGCUGAUCCAAUCAAUUGGAUGUCUGUGGACAUGAACAGCCAGGCGUCGGACAGCAAUGAGGAAGACUUUGGGGAGAACUUUGAAGACGAGGGAGAUGACGAUGACGAUGGAGGAGACGAUGAUGAUCAGGCCGACAUUGAGGACUACUACAUCGGCGUGUCCAACGAUGUGGAGCAGCAGGGCGCUGACUCCUUUGACCCCGAGGAGUACCUGUUCACCUGUCUGACCUACAAGGAGAGUCAGAGGGUGCUGUUAGAGGAGGUGAACACUGUGGCUGCUGCACUGAAGGUUGUACCAGCGGUAGCAAAACUGGUCCUGGUGCAUUUGCACUGGCACCUUACACAAAUACUGGACAGAUACAAGUCCAACUCGUCUCUGCUGAUGUCGGACGCUCUGGUCCAGCCCAGCAGCACCUCCAGAACACUCACUGGACCAAGCUAA